AUGUCCGUCCCGCCCCCCGGAACAACGCCGGCGCCGUCGUCGACGAGCAUCUUCCAGCCCGCCAUGUCGCCCGCCGUCCGCCCGCCCGCCGCGUCAUCAUCCAACUUCAAGGGCGGCAAGCCCUGCUCCAACGGCGGCGACAACGGCAGUACUACUACCGGCAACGACUGUGAUGACACCGGACACGCGGCCGCGGCGCCCAAGUUCCCGGUGCCCAAGCUCCGCCUCGAGAUCCGCGACCUCGUCCACCCCGGCGCGCGCCUCUUCCUCGACUCGGUCAACGCCACCGAGUGCAUGACGGCCGCCGUCGCCAACCUCCUCCGGCUGCUGUACGGCUCGCCCGCGGACCCCACCACGACGGUCCCGCCGACCCGCUCCGUGACGCUCAUCCUGCGCGACAUGCCCGGCGUCGCGUACACGACGGGCUCCGACCUCGACGACGACCACAAGGAGGUGCACUUCUCCCUGCCGUACCUUUCACGCGUGCCCGCGCCCCGCGCCCCGCAAGAGGUCGCCGGCGUCGUCACUCACGAGCUCGUCCACUGUUACCAGUACAACGCCUUCGGCACCUGCCCGGGGGGCCUCAUCGAGGGUAUCGCCGACUGGGUGCGCCUGCGCUGCGGGCUCGUGCCUCCGCAUUGGACCCGUGACGCAGACGGCGACUGGGACGCCGGGUAUCAGAAGACGGCGUACUUCCUCGAGUACCUUGAGCGCCGGUUCGGGGACGGGUUUGUCCGCCGUCUCAACGAGAAGCUGCGCAUCCAGCGGUACAAGGCGGGUACCUUCUGGUGCGAGCUCACGGGCCACGGCGUCGAUGCUCUCUGGACGGACUACGGCGAGAGCCUCAAGGCUGGGAAGGAGGCGACGGGCUGUGAUGCUCCGCAGACCAACGGCAGCAGCUAG